AUGGCGGUGGCGGAUGUGCCCGGUCUCAUGGACAUUGCCAGUACCCUGGCCCAAGAUGAGAUCCCCUUCAAGCUACGAUGUGCCAUGUGCAAUAAGCUGGCGGUGAACGCAUUUCGUCUCCCCUGUUGUGACCAGUCCAUCUGUGAGACCUGCCAAGCUUCCCUGUCUGACACAUGUCCCGUCUGUACACAUACCCCGGUCUCUCCCGAUCUCUGCAAACCCAACAAGGCUCUGCGGACCACUCUCAAGGCUUUCCUGCGCACCGAAGAGAAGAAGCGGGAAAAGGACCGCCAAUCUGCGGCGCCUCCAACGCCAUCCAAUAUCCCACCUGCGGAUACAAAAAUACCUAUCCAGGAUGCAGCUCCCGAUCAAAAUGGGGCUGAGCUAGUGACAGCGGUGGAGACCAAGGCACCUCUCCCUCCGGAUUCUACGGAGCCUACAGAGUCAAAGUCUCAAGAGCCAGGACUAGACACACCGGCCCUGGACACAACUGGAGAGAGCAUUCCAGAGGCAGGCGCCCCGGUAUCGGCAGAUCAUCCAGCUCAGCCCGAGGCAACUGGUGAUCAACUCAACGGUACCGAACCGGCCCUUGAGUCCACGACUGAAGAUGCCGCAGUCAGCGAAACCCCACUAAAUGGAGAACCCGCUCCCCCUCCUGAGGAGGUUCCUGGGGAAUCCGGUACCAACUCGAUGACCCCAAACAUGGCCGGAAACUUCCCCGCGAUGGGCUGGAACGGAAACGGCAUGAAUCCUUUCAUGGCUGGCAUGUUCAAUUACCCGAACACGAUGGGUAUGCCCAUGGGGAUGGACCCGAUGGCAAAUCAGGGGAUGUACGGAAUGAACAUGACUGGCAUGGGCAUGAACACUGGGAUGAACUACAACGGGGGCAUGUAUGGAUCCUUAGGAUGGGACGCAUCCCAACAGAACAACAAUAUGUGGCAAGGCGGCCAAAAUAAAUUCAAUCCAAAUGCUUUCGCAAAUGGCACGGGUCCUCCUUAUGGAGGUGCAUUUGGCGGGUCUAAUAUGUCUGCUUACCCUUCUCACUCAGACUAUCAGUCCGGUUACUACGGUGGUUAUGGCCGUGGUGGAUACCGAGGUCGCGGCCGUGGCCAGUUUCAUGGCUCCGGUCGAGGUGGCUUUGGACCCAUGCAAGGUCAUUACCGUCAGGGUGCUAACUCAGGCUAUCCCAACCAGAACCCAAGCAUGGCUAAUGGUCUCAAUGGUACUCCAGUGGAUGCUCAAGGUAAUAUCCAAACAAAUGAAGCUGCUCCAGAAUCAGGUGAAACUGGACCCGAUGUGCCGGGUAAUCCAGACGAUAUCCCAACAGACACCACAGACCAACCCCAAGGAAUUCCCACAAUUGACAGCCUUGAUAAUCCUGUACCAACUGGCCCUGGAUACGGUCAUAUGAGUAAUGGGUAUGGCCAGUACAGGUAUGGCCGAUAUGGACAAGAACGCGGGCCAGGUGUCGAAGGCGCUCCAGCUGCUCCGCGUGCCAUGCGGCAGGGGCUACCCAACACCAGUGUGCUGCGACAACGUGGUUUCCAGAUUCAGGGCCGAGCCAGUAUUUCUUGUGAACCCACUGAGGACAAUCGCACAAGGGCCACAUCCAACGCCCUGUCCCAACGUGCGCAGUCUCGAUCCCAAUCUCCCUCUCAAAUUCCAGCUUCUCGCCCCCGUUCACCAUCUGUUCACGGUACUGAAGACGACCGUGACAGUCGGCGUGGUGCAGAAACCAAACGCCUAGAUCGGGUUGAUGAGCUACAAUCCGACGCCCGUCACUCUCGCUCUCCAUCCCGCACAUCUUCUCGUCCGUCCUCGCGACGCCGACAUCACGACAGUGAUCGGGAGCGAGAUAGAAGAACCAAUCACCGUUCACAACGCUCCCGUCGUCAUCGCAGUCGUAGCCGCAGCUCAAGUCGACACGGCGAUGCCCGUCCCUCUGGUCGCCUAGGAAAGAUCGCAGAGAAAGAUGGAUCAAAUGGCAGGACCAAAGCGUCCUCCGAGGCCCCAGAGUCGCGCGAUCUAGCAAGCCGAAUCAGCAGCACCUACCGCUCCACCAAGGACAGAGGGAGCCGCCGCGAAGAUGACAGAUCACGCGAACAGGACCGAGAUCUCCGACGCCGAGAUCGUGACCGAGACCGCGACCGCGACCGUCGUGUCAGAGACCGUGAUUCCGAUCGCGAACGUCGGCGUGAUGGCGACCGCGAUAAAGACAGGACUUCGGAGCGCGACCGAGAUCGACCAAGGGAGCGUGAUCGUGAUCGCAAGCGCUCUCGCCGCGAUCGAUCCCCGUCUAUCGCCAACGGUGACCAUCCCCAAGCCCGCCGUGUGAAACGUGGCGAUGAGGACCGUAGUCGGGACACGAACGGAGCCUCAACCAAGAGGGCCGAACCCGAUAAAGACCCUUACACUCUUGAACGCGAAGCACGCAAUAAGGAGCGCCUUGAGCGCGAGCAGCAGCACCGUGAGAAGGCCAAGUCUGGCCGCCGCCGCGAUAGCCGGCAGGACCGUGUGGUGGCGGGCCGUCGCAUCAACUACAAGUACGAAGAUGAACUCUGA